CGCAAGAUGGCGGGGUUCCGAGAGAAUGAAAAACAACAUUUCCCCCUUCAAAGUAUCCAAGAUGUGGUUGAUUUAUUCAGAGAUCAAUUGACAGGCAGUGAUGAACCUAAUUUGCCACUUUUAUCUAUCGUUCUUGGAGCUAUAGAAAAUGUUUUGACAGUGAAUAGGUCGUUGCCAGGUGAGAUUGAUCACUCAAAAACUCUGGAACCAAUUUUCCCGGUGAUUGAGUUGGAGACAGUGGAAGCUCUGUACGAAAAAUUUGUGACUCAUGUGAAACGAUCUAUUGAUCUCACUAAAUUUUGUGGUGAAGUUGCCACAAGAGAGUUAGUGAAACUAGUCUCGGAUGUUAUAUGGAGUUCUUUAAUGCGAAGCUUUUACAAAGACAAAGCACACCUUCAGUCGCUGUACAGUUUUUUGACGGGUAAUAAACUUGACUGUUUUGGUGUGGCGUUUGGCGUGGUGGCUGCUUUCCAAGUCCUUGGCUACAAAGAUGUCCACCUCGCCCUGUCCGAGGACCAUGCUUGGGUCACAUUUGGUCAAGACUUGUUGGAAACUGCAGAGGUCACAUGGCAUGGUAAAGGUAAUGAAGACAAACGAGGGCAACCAAUCACAAUGGGUGUCUCGGAGAAGAGCUGGCUCUAUCUCAACGAUCAGCCUGUCCUCUGUACCCGGCAGAUGGAGGUAGCAUCCAUUGUCAGUGGCAUCAACCCUUCCAUCAGUGCCACUGUUGACAGCCUAGAAAUGGGCUCUCUUCAACAGGAACUCUUGUGGCUGCUUUAUGAUAUGGACCAUUUGUCAAGAUACCCAAUGGCACUUGGUAACCUUGGCGACCUUGAAGAGAUAUCGCCAACUCCCGAACGACCACAACCUAUUGACCUCUUUAAUGAGGCAAUACAGUCAGCACUGGAGCAUUACAACAACCAACAUGUUUAUCCCUACACAUACUUGGGGGGAUACCUGUACCGCAAGGGGCACCACAAGAAGGCAUUGCAGGCAUGGGCAGAUGCAGCAGAUACUGUCCGAAAUUACAACUAUAACCGUGAGGAUGAAGAGAUUUACAAAGAAUUCCUGGAGAUCGCCAAUGACCUCAUUCCACACAUGAUGAAAAUUGUUGCCAGUGACAAUGCAGCACGGAUUCAUCACACAUCUUUAUUGUAUGACCCAGAUUGUUAUGCAAACUUUUUACGGUUUUAUGAUGGUAUCUGUGAAUGGGAAGAAGGCAGCCCGACACCAGUACUACAUAUCACAUGGGCCAAACAACUUGUCUUCUCCUUGUCAAAGUUUGACCUCAGUGUCCGGGAGCACAUUGAGGUCAAAGGGGAGGGGCUUGAGGACGAUUCCUCCAGUGAAGAGGAGGAAAUGGAGGAGGAAGUUAAUGGGCGGCGAGGAGAAGAGGGAGAGGACAAAGUCAUGGAUGACACCGAGCCUUCCAGUAGUCACAGACCUGGCAGAAGAGGGAGACGACCAAAAAUAAACAUUGAACCAGAAGGCAACAUAUCGGAUAUCAAGGUAAAUGGGAAAUCAAACGAGGAUCAGAUCAAAUCAGCCAUUGAGGAUUUAGUUAAUAAAGUUGGAGAGGAGGGACAAAGCGAUACCACAAACCCCAAUAUUGCAGCGCUUGCUCAGGCAUGCAGUGAAUCCAUCCUCAAUCCUGAGUAUCUGCUUGGGGGUGGAGACCCAUUCACCACGGCAACAAGCACCACAACGGUAGCAUCUUCCACCACCUCUGCCGACGCCCGCAUAGAUAUGCAUGAUUUCCUCAGCUCAAAGUCAAACGGCUCACCCUUCAUGGGUAUGACAAUGGACUCUGUGCUCAAGGCAGAGAGUCCUUCAGACAUGAUCAUGUUUCGAAAGCGACCAAGUUCAUCGACAACAAGGACGCCAACUCCUGUUUCAGAAGCAGCACAAACUUCUACUCCUGUUAACACCACUCCCUGUAACACAUGCUCUUUACCCUCACUCCUCCUUGGACCCCCAACUUUGGUGUGUCUGCGCAGUGAAAAAAUGAAAGGAUUGAAAAAGAUUUUCUCAUCAGCAAAACUGAAUGCUAGUGCAAUAAAACUCCAACUGACAGCACAGUCUCAAGUUCAUUUCAAGCACAGCAAACGCAGCACAGAUUCAGAGCUUGCCACUCAUCGGAAGCGAUCUCGGAGGGAGUAGCACUGCCUCAUCUGGUUGACAUGAUCCAGUUAAAAAACUGCUAUUACUUGCUUACUUGAUAAUUCAUGUCCAUGUGUUUGUUGAAGAAGAUAUGACCCUGCAAAAUUGGUUAAAUGGUUUGCAGUGUUAAGGGCAGACUUACAGUAUUUGGGAGUAUUUAAAGGGCAGCCAGUGUGUUCAGUAUGGAGGUUAUGUCUGGAGGUGACAAUAUCUCUAGCAGGGUCAACAUUUCGCGUCUUUCUACUAUGUGGUGAUCUUUUGUGUGAUAGAUGUGAGGUUGCAAGCAAUUAAAUAAUUUGGUAUGUUUGGAGCUCCUAAAUCUAACAGAAUUUAGUCCAGCAUAACAUGUGAUAUGCAAUUCUUUCCUAGUACCUCUAAACAUACAGAAUCACAAACAUACGUAAAAUAUUAACAAUUUCUGCAUCAUAUCAUAGAGGGUAGAAACAAUAUCCUCAUAUUGUUGGUACAUGUUAAAAUUUUGUGAUUUAUACAUAUUCAUAUUUGUGCAUCAAAUCUGUUGUUUACACUACAGUGUUACCAGGAGUCAAUACAGUACAAAUAAAAAAUGAUUAAGAUGUUUCUUAUUAAAAAAAAAAAAUCCUGACAAAUGACCUAAAUUAAAUUGCCAAUGGGCCAUAGGACAACACGAAAACAAAAUACUGGUUAUCUUGACAGUAAAUAAAUAGUUAAAUCAUGUGAUGCAUAUAAUGAAGCACAAUUCAUGGCAUUGUUACUAUUUGUAUAAUAUUUCUUCUCUACUUAAAUGCCAUUGGAACUUGUUUGUGAUAAUAGAUUGGAAUCAAGUGUCUAGUACAAAGUUUGUGGUGAGGAUCCCUGGUUAGAGAUGAUGCAAGAAAUACGUUUUUUGGUGCCACCUUUUAUCAUUCGUGGAAUAGAAACUCCCAGAUAUAAAUCCUAAUGAAUUUCUUCCAAAUCUUUUGGCAUAAAGCAUAAAGUAUACCAUAUCUUGUUUAUUUAAACUUUUGCAAGUAGAGACCAUUUCAGGAAAAAUACUAAAGAUUUUCCAAAUUAUAGCUUAAAAAGGGAAACAAAACCCACUGGUUUCCUUAGUCUGUCUGUUAACCCAUUCACCCCUGAAGACACAUUUUAACUCUUCCAAAUCAAAAGUUGGAAAAUAGUUCAUUAUGAAAUUUCAGGGGUGAAUGAGUUAAAAAAGAUAACUUUAAACUUCAUUAAGUAAUUGAAAUCUGAAAUCAGUUCUUAAGCAGUCCUGAUUUGUUUGGCAAGUGGUGACCAGAAUAGGUUACUGCAUGUAUAGUUCUUGUUGAUGUUAUCACUUAUUUUUCUCAUGUCAUGUGCAAUUUGAAGUUUUUUAUGUUUUUAUCUAUAUUUUAUAUGUGAAAAAAUAGUGACAAAAUAAUGACAUUUCAUCCAUGUAUUUUUUAACAAAAAAUGCCUUAUGAAAUUUCUCCUGAGAAAUAAGAAAGAAUUUGGAAUAGUUAACAGAAUGAGAAAUGAAUAGCUAUUGUACAUAAUUUAAAUAAGCUAACUGUGCUUGAUCCGUUAGCUUUAAGAUUAAUUUCUAUACAGUUUUGGCAAUAUUUGAUAUCGCUUCCUCUGAUUAAUGAUGAUGUAAUGUGAGCUGGGGGGUAAAAAUAAUGUUUUCAACAUUAAAUAUUUUGCAUGGAACUUUUAAAAAUGUGCAAAGUGUUAAGAUGAUUGAAAGUUAUGGAAUAGAAUUGUUUUUAGAUAUUGUUUACCUGAUAUUUGGUAAUUGAUUACAAGUUGACAUUAUAUUUAAGAUGUUGGGUCGAGUUUUGUUGCCCGGAGUGUACAAAUUUUGCCAUAAAUGAGACCAAUGAUGGUUGUCAUGGACCAUUUUUGGUACCACACAUUUGCAUAAAUGUGUAAAAGAUGAAUUGACUGACAAUGUUUUAUUUUUGUAUCUGACCAUUGUCCAAAGUAGUGGUCAGUGCAGAAGUACAGUUACCUCAGCUUAUCUGUCCUGAUCUGUAGCUCCACCAAUCAGCCAUUAUCUCCGGUGAUAGGUAGAAUCCUUAAUAGCAAAUAACAUCAUUUUGUGUCGUCCCCUCUGACUGGUCAGUCUGUUGAUUUUGUGAUAGAAUCAGUUAUUUGUUAUUUAACAUCAUUUUGUGUCGUCCCCUCUGACUGGUCAGUCUGUUGAUUUUGUGUUAGAAUCAGUUAUUCGAUAGUUAACAUCAUUUUGUGUUGUCCCCUCCGACUGGUCAGUCAGUUGAUUUUGUGUUAGAAUCAGUUAUUCGAUAGUUAACAUCAUUUUGUGUCCUCCCCUCCGACUGGUCAGUCUGUUGAUUUUGUGUUAGAAUCAGUUAUUUGAUAGUUAACAUCAUUUUGUGUCGUCCCCUCCGACUGGUCAGUCUGUUGAUUUUGUGAUAGAAUCAGUUAUGUUAACUUUUGACACUUUUGAGACUGAUCGUAUAAACAAAAUGGCCAACAGGCGGCCAUCUUAGAUUUUGACAGUGAAUGUUUGUUAUCGCUUUUUCCAAAGAAGUUCUGGAGGGAUCUUUCUCAAAUUUGAUAGGUAUCAAGAUUAUAAAGUACCCUAACCCUAACUUGGUCUGUAGUUGUGCAUGUUUACUUUGGAGAGUGAUCAUAAAACAAGAUGGCCACAGGAAGUACUAACGGGAUCUUUCUGAUAUUGUAAGGAUCUAUUUCUCUUACAUUUAAAGAACUGUACUGGUAAAUAUUUGAAACAUUUACUGUUUACAUGAAUUGAUCAAACAGAUAAGAGAAAAGAUCAAACUGACACAAACUAAUGAAGAUGGUACAAUGGUGGGCGCCAAGAUUCCUCUGUGAUCUCUUGUUUACAGGUUCUUCUGAAUGACUUUGAGUCAUACAUAUUUAAUAAGACUGUUUUCCCAUGGUUGCUUCAUUAUUAUCCCCUUGCAAUAAAAGUUCAAGGGGAUAUAGGAUUCAGCUGGUAUGUGUAUGUAUGUUACACUCUUUGUCAUUUCUCUAGCGACUUCAUUUCUCAACAGAAUUUUAUGAAACUUCAUACAAGUGUUUGCCAAGACAAUUCCUUCAAAAGAUGCAGUCGCUGGAGCAGAUACUGAUAUAUCAUUGAAGUUUCUAUUCAUUUCCUCCUACAUAUGUCACAAUAGGUGAAUGUGAGGGGAUUUGUAUCACUUGUGAUGCCUUGUUCAGGUUAGCGAUACAGGCCCUUUUGGCCUCUUGUUGAGAAUUAAACUUUGUUAGUGCUAUUCUUCAGAAAGCACUGUAGGGAUCCCUAUGGUCCCAAGCUGUGUAGAUUGAUUUUUUGGACUGAUAGGAAAACCAAAAUGGCCACUAGACAGCUAUCUUGAAAUUUGAGAGCGAAAGUUUGUUAGUGCUAUUUCUCUGAAAUUACUGGUGUGUUUGGCAUGCAGGUUCCUCUUAGUAUAUAGCUGUGCAUGUUUUCUUUGAGACUGAUUCGAAAAACAAAAUGGCAAAUAUGUGGCCAUCUUGGAUUUUGACAGUUAAGUUUUUUCAUCUCUAUUUCUGUGGAUGUUCUGGAGAGAUCUAAGUUUUAAUUGUAUGUUCCCUUAUUCCCCUUGUUAUAUUAUAUACCCCAUACUACCAAACCUUGGCAUUUUAUAUAUUACCACCAUAAAGAGACAAAAACAAUCAUGCUUUUAGAAUUGAAUCUUUGGUCUUGUCACACCCCUUCGGAUUAAGUUCUUGGGUGAAAACUUGGAAACAGUUGAGAUCCCCACCCUCUUACAAUUUACAUGAAUAAAUGUUAUUGUCCCUAGCUUCAGGUCAUAACUUAAAAAAUGUUCGGAUCCCCACCCCAUUAUCAUUUCUUCGUAUUUGUGGGACUUAUCUUAUCAUUAAGACUUGUUUGCCAUACUACAUUCAUUGAUGAUUUUUUGCCAUGAUUGCUUCAAUAUCCAGGUGAGCGAUACGGGCCCUCUGGGCAUCUUGUUAGGUCACUUUAUACAGUCUUAGUUGACCUGUUGUGAUUGCCUUAAGUUCGUCAUCAUGCAUCUUUUUUACUUCUCCAAAACCAAUCAACUAAUUUCAAUAAAAUUUUGCAGGAAGGUUCCAUGGUCAAAGGCAAACAGAAAUUCUUUGAUUAUACAAAUUUAAAUUCCUGUCCAGGGGCAUGAGAGGUGGGGCCAAAUUGGAUAAAACUUUUAACAAUAAUUUUCAGACCCAGAUAUAUUAGAAUUAAAUCUUCUUUGUUGAUGGAAAGGUCCUAAGGUGCUUUAUCAAAAUUAUGAAUUUUGUACCCUAGGGUUUCACAUAUCCCUCUUUGGAGAGGGUAAAAUUUUAUAUAAUUAAUGAACAAUUUGAGGUAUAUUUUGCAAUAUUGCUUCGUUACUAAUCUCUGGAACUAAGUCGUGAAUAUCAACUAUAUUUGGUGGGAAGCAUUUUCAUGUGGUAGGGAUUCAAAUUUUACAAUUGAAGGGGUGACCCCCCGGGAAGCUGAGGGACUGGGCCAAAAUACUUUUUUUUAACUUGAAAGUGAUUAAGGUCCUCCACCCUUUAACCAUAUAUACAACUACUGAGUAUCAAGACACAAAUAGAUAUCUGGCCCCACCCAUGGAGACGUACCAAAGUCACUUGGUCAUUCCUUUUAAAUGGUUGAGAUCCCCACCCGAUAACCAUAUAUACAAUUGCUAAGCACAAAGCCACAGAUACAGUAAUGUCCCAUUGAAUGGAUUUUACCAAAUUUGGCCUGGAGCAUCCUUGGGCAAAGGGGACUGAAUUUUGUAUAAAUGGAGGGUGUGGCCCCUGUGGGGGUAGAACAGGCGGGGCCCAAUGGGGGAAUUUGAGGUUAAUCUUUAAAAUCCUCCUUCUGUACCAUUGGAGGGAUUUAAAUCAAAUUUGGCCCAGAGUAUCCUUGGGCAAUGAAACUUAAUUUUGUAUAAAGGAGAGAGUGUGGCCUCCUUGUGGGCAGAGGGGCGAGGCCAAAUAGGGGGAAUCUAGUAAUAAAUGAUGAAAAUUCUUUUGUAUGAUUUGAGGGAUUUUUUACAAAUUUUGUGUAGAGCAUCCUUUGGCCGGUCUUGGGGAAGAAAGGCAGGGUUCAAUAGGGAAACUUGUGGUAAAUACUUCCGUAGCUAUUGAAGGGAUUUCUGUAGCUAUUGAAGGGAUUUUAACCAAAUUUAGUU